AUGUCGAAGGUACGCUCAAAAGGGUGGAGCGGCGGUAGUUUGAAAUUUGCGACCAAGGCCGACUCUUUGAUGGGCAAAUCAGACAUCCAGGACAUCAAGCUCCAAGUGAACGAGCCCAAGGACCCGUUCGAGGUCAAGCAUGGCUACAACUACGACUAUGUGUUCGUGUUCAAGGUGCACGAUGAGACGGAGGAGUUGACGCAGAUCCAAAAGGAUCUGUCCAUGCGCACCGUGCUCCAACGCUUGGCCAACGCCGGCUUGGAAACCAAGAUGUACUACUCCACGUCCCGCGACUUGGUCUUUUGCAAGAUCCGCGCGUCGUUGGAACGUUUGUGCAAGGAAGCCGAUCGCAUCGAUCUCAAGCUAGAAUUCGACGCCGACGAACUCAAGCGUGUGGCGGAAGCGGGGUACCCAGACCGCGGCAUCGCGCCUAUUCGCAUCAAGGACGACCCGACGUUGACGCACCGCAAGGCGUUUGACAACAUCUUCGCCAAGUACGACAUGGAACCUCGUUUGCAACCCGUGUACAAGAAAUACGGCCACAAGAAGAUUCCGUUCCGCGGCGUAGACCGCAUCAAGCUGAUCCUGAGCAUCGUGGGGUCAUCCACAACCGACGGCGGGUGCCACCUGAACGUGACGACAUUGACCAUCAAGAAGUGUUUGGUGACAGCGUACGCCCUCCACGACGAAGAAGAGCAGGCGUCGCUGACCAAGAAGUGGAUCAACUGGGCCAGUCUGCCGUGGCAACAGCCGUACACCGAGAUCAAAGACUACUACGGCGAGAAGGUCGGCCUGUACUUUGUCUGGCUGGGCCACUACACGACGUGGUUGAUCGGGCCGUCCGUUGUGGGGAUCGCCAUGUUGGUGAACAUCGUCAUGGAACACACGCCGGACGCGCGGCUAAUUUCCGUGUUUGGGCUGUUCAUGGCGCUGUGGGGUACCGUGUACUUGGAGAGUUGGAAGCGCCGCAACUCGGUCAUCAAGCUCGAAUGGGGCAUGGACGGGUUCGAGGAAGAGGAAGGCGACCGCGCCGAGUUUGACGGCGUCGAGGUCGAAUCUCCCGUGGACGGCCGCCCCAUGCGAUACUUUAGCGCCAAGAAGAAGACCAGCCGCGUGUGUGCGUCCUUGGUGUUUAUCUUUGUGUUGAUCUUGAUGGUACUCGCCGCGGUGGCCGCGAUCUUUGUAUUUCGGUACUUUGCCCGCCCGGGAAAAGCACUGGAAUCGUUUGUGACCAUCUCCGGCGUCAACUUGAGCGUCCCCAUUGGAGCUACAUUGAACGCUGUGCAGAUUCAAGUCAUGAACGGCAUCUACGGCACCAUUGCCGUGCGCCUCAACAACUUUGAAAACCACCGCACCGAGACCGAGUACGAAGACAACUUGAUCGCCAAAACGUUUUUGUUUCAGUUUGUCAACUCGUACGCGAGUCUGUUUUACAUUGCGUUCAUCAAGAAUGCCAUUCCUGACAACGCGUGCACGGACGUGGCCAAGGGCGGGUGCCUCUUUGACCUGAUGUUCUCGCUCGGGAUCAUCUUUGGCCUCCGACUCACGUCAGGCAACUUCUUUGAAGCUGUGUUGCCGUACAUCAAGCGAAAGCUCGCCGCGCGGUUCCGCAAGCCCGACACGUCCGAGGACGGCGUCCAGCGCCAUGUGUCGGCCGCCGAAGAGCAAAUGCACCUCGGCGCGUACGACAACAUGGGCAUCUUUGCCGACUACAACGAGAUGAUCAUCCAGUUUGGGUACAUCACGCUGUUCGUGGUGUCGUUUCCCCUGGCGCCGUUCCUGGCGUUGCUCAACAACUACUUUGAGAUCCGCAUCGACGCGUUCAAGCUGGCCAAGGAGUCGCGACGCCCGAAUCCCCACGGCGCCGAAGACAUUGGCACGUGGCAGACGAUUUUGGAAAUCAUGGGCACCAUCAGCGUCGUCACCAACGUCGCGGCCGUUGUGUUUGUGUCCAACCACACGUUCUCUGGCAUGUCGUUCGAGUCGAAACUGUGGACGUUCAUCGCCGUGGAGCACGUGAUCCUGCUCUUCAAGUACGUGCUCUCGGUUGUGAUCGACGAUGUCCCCGAAGACGUCAAGCUCCAGCUGGACCGGAGCAAGUUCUUGAACGACAAGGUCGUGCACUUGAUUCAAGAUGACGACGACGCCGACUUGGUCAAGGGCAACAAGCUCAAGGUCGACCUGACUAUCUUUGACGAAGACGUCUAACCCAAACUGCAUUGUGAUAUCAUGAUGCGUGUACGUACAGUGAGUUAUCAGCACGGAUACAGUAGAUAAACCAACAUGAACGAUUUGUACUUGU